GAAGGCAUCCAUCCAGUCGGGUUCAAUUGUCCCUGAUAAUGUCCAUGGGCAAUUAAAGUCAAUUAAGGAGAAGCAGAGAGGAGGACAAAUGCUUGGACCUGGAGGAGGGCGGUCAAUGCCGCAAUCCAAUUUCCCGGCCACCAAAUGCAAUUAAGGGGAAUCGUUUGCUCAGUUUGCCUCGGAGUGCUAGCCUAUAAAUUGGAGGCAAAGUCAAGCUCUUCUUUUGUCCAGUUUCCGAUCCUAGGACGCAAAGCAUGGGAAGGCGGCGGACGAUGCCUUCCUGCCCAGUGUUCCGCCUCCGAGAAGUGGCCGCCAUGUAUUUCACCUCCCUCGCCGUCUUCCUCCUCAUCCUGGUGGUCGCCCUGCAAGGCACCGAUCCGAGGGAGGACUACUUCCCGUACAAAGUCCCAUUGGACCCUCAAGGUGCCGUGGAGCUUUCGUGGAAUGUCAGCUACCUCCAGCAAGAGGUCCACUUCCAGAUUUUGGUCAAGAAGCUCCAAUAUGGGCUGCUCUUUGGGAUGUCGGACCGGGGAGGUUUUGAGGAUGCCGACCUGGCUGUGCUCUGGAGCGACGGCGUCCAGUCUUAUUUUGCGGACGCCUGGAGUGACCACGAUGGACAACUGCGCAUGGACUCCCAGCAGAACUACAAGCUCCUGAAAGCAUGGUCUGCCCUUGAGGGGUUCUACUUGCUCUUCAGAAGGUCCUUUGAUACCUGUGACCCAAAGGACUAUCAGAUAGAGGAUGGCACCGUGCAUCUUAUCUAUGGGAUUCUGGAGAGACCCGUCCCUUCCCUUGGAGCGAUUAAUGUUUCCGCUCUCCAUCAGAAAGGGCUACAAAGGGUCCAGCUGCUGAAACCGGACAUCAGGAUUCCUUCAUUACCGAGUGACUUGAAGACCAUGGUGAUCAAGGCCCCGAACGUCAGCAUUCCUGGCCAAGAGACAACCUAUUGGUGCUACAUGACCGAGCUUCCGGAUGGCUUUGGAAAGCAUCACAUUGUCAUGUAUGAACCUGUUAUCACCAAAGGGAACGAAGCCCUGGUCCACCACAUGGAGGUCUUCCAGUGCGCCCCGCAGUUUGAGACCUUCCCCAGUUAUAACGGACCAUGCGAUUCGAAGAUGAAGCCAGAACGGCUGAACUUCUGCAGGCAUGUGCUGGCUGCCUGGGCAAUGGGUGCACAGGCCUUUUACUAUCCAGAAGAUGCUGGGCUCGCUUUCGGAGGACCUGGGACCUCCAGAUAUUUGCGCCUGGAAGUUCACUACCACAACCCUCUGGAGCUCAAAGGCCACCAUGAUUCCUCAGGGAUCCGGCUCUUUUAUACUGCCUCCCUUCGUCCCUACGACGCUGGCAUCAUGGAGCUCGGCUUGGUGUACACCCCAGUGAUGGCAAUCCCACCUGGUGAAAAGCAUUUUGGGCUGACGGGAUACUGUACCGAUCAAUGCACCCAGGUGGCACUGCCCCCUUCUGGGAUCCACAUUUUUGCCUCUCAGCUUCAUACCCACCUGACUGGGAGGAGCGUGGAGACCGUCUUAUCAAGAGGAGGUUUGGAGAAAGAGAUUGUCAACAAGGACCCCCACUAUAGCCCCCACUUCCAGGAGAUCCGCAUGUUGAAGAAAGUGGUGUCCGUGUUUCCAGGCGAUGUGCUGAGAACCACUUGCGUGUACAACACUGAAGACAGGAGUCAAGCAACUGUGGGAGGUUUUGGAAUCAUGGAAGAGAUGUGUGUGAAUUACAUCCAUUAUUAUCCCCAGACGGAGCUGGAGCUGUGUAAGAGCGCCAUCGACAUGGGCUACCUUCAGCGCUAUUUUAAGCUUGUGAACAGGUUUAAUGACGAGGAAGUCUGCACAUGCCCAGAGGCCUCCGUCACACAGCAGUUUGCCUCGGUGCCUUGGAAUUCAUUCAGUAGAGAUGUCUUGGAAUCCCUGUAUGGCUUUGCUCCCAUUUCAAUGCAUUGUAAUAAAUCUUCAGCAGUCCGUUUCCCGGGAGAAUGGGAGAGGCAAACUUUGCCAAAAAUUACGGAGAUGCUUCCAGAGCCGGUCUCGUCCUGCGAACACAAUGGACCUCGUUUUCCAAUGCCCCCCACCAUUGUUAAGCUUGACAAAGGAGCAGCAAAAUGA